CUUCAUUCCCUUCCUUCUCUUCUUUCACCGUCCCGCACUCCGACAGCAUUUCCCCGGGAUCCCGCAUCUCUCACGGUGCCCUCUCCGCUCCUGGCAGCCCUUCACCCCAGGGCCCCUUUGCCCCUUCCUCCCCUUGGCCAUGCUGCGCCCCCAGGAGUCUGGGCCCCCCACCGAGAUCUUUCCUUCGGAGAAGAUCGUGGUUCUUCUGUCCUGUGUCUUCUCCUUCCUGGGCUCCAGCCUCCUCAUAGGCACUCAUGCCCUGUGGCCGGACCUGAGGAGCCGAGCUAGGCAGCUGCUCCUCUUUCUGUCCCUGGCGGACCUGCUCUCUGCCGCCUCCUACUUCUAUGGGGUCCUCCAGGACUUCCCCGACACCACCUGGGACUGCGUGGUGCAGGGCGCCCUCUCUACCUUCGCCAACACCAGCUCCUUCUUCUGGACCGUGGCCAUCGCAGUUUACUUGUACAUCACCAUCGUGCGCAGCAGCCAGGGCCCCUGGGCUGGGACCCGGCUUCUCUAUUGCUUCCACGUCGUCAG